UAGCCGCUUAUUUGAACUGAUUAUUCAGUUGCUUUUGGCCAGAGGACGCGUUCGGUCCUCAAUCGCUCAAGAUCUUUUCGGACCGUACUACGCUAGCUGAAAAAUGACAGAUAAUGCAGGAUUUAAGCCAGAUGCGGAGGUGUUUGCUUCGGCAGGCGACAAUCCACCCGCCUAUUCAACAUCAACAUCAGCGAUCUCGUUAAACGACUUCAAUUCGAAAGCCAACUUGACAGAGAAGAAUCAGCUCGCACUCUCCGAGGAUCCCUAUAGUCCCUUUGAGCAUCGCGAUCCAAAAGGAGCCAGUACUGGAGGCGCUUUGGCACAUUUGCUCAAGAGUUCCCUGGGCACAGGAAUUCUAGCCAUGCCUAUGGCCUUUCACAACGCCGGCCUGGUCUUUGGAAUGUGCAUGACGCUCAUCGUUGGCUUCCUCUGCACCCACUGUGUUCACAUAUUGGUGAAAACUUCGCACAACAUUUGCCGCGAUGCUAAGGUUCCAGCUCUGGGAUUCGCUGAGACGGCUGAGAAGGUGUUCGAGUACGGUCCCAAGGGCAUGCGGCCCUAUUCAAACUUUGCCAAGCAAUUUGUGGAUGUUGGCUUGAUGGCCACCUACUAUGCGGCGGCCUGUGUGUACAUCGUGUUCAUUGCUACCUCCUUCCACGACGUCAUCAACUUCGACUGCAACCUGAACUGGGAUGUACGAAUCUAUAUUGCCCUAACGGUUAUUCCGUGUCUGUUAAUCGGACAGAUCCGGAAUCUCAAGUGGCUGGUUCCGUUCUCGCUGAUGGCCAAUGUGUUCAUUGUGAUUACCUUCGUGAUUGUCCUGUACUACAUGUUUGACGAGCCACUAGUCUACUCUGAUAAGCCGCUGAUCGCCCCGGCCGCGCACAUUCCCCUCUUCUUUGCGACGGUCAUCUUCGCAAUGGAGGGAAUUGGUGUAGUGAUGCCCGUGGAGAACUCAAUGCGCAAGCCUCAGCAAUUCCUCGGAUGUCCUGGUGUUCUUAACACGGCUAUGAUAACUGUGGUCCUGCUCUACGCGAUCAUUGGCUUCUUUGGCUAUGUGAGAUUCGGGGACACGGUCCGUGGCAGCAUCACGCUCAAUCUGCCAGAGGGCUCCUGGUUGGGCGACACGGCCAAGCUUCUGAUGGCAGUGGCCAUUCUGUUCACCUUUGGGCUACAGUUCUACGUGCCUAACGAGAUCCUCUGGCGCAAGAUCAACCACAAGUUCAGCCCUGAGAAGCACAACAUUACACAGAUCAUGCUGCGCAGUGGCAUUAUUCUGGUGAGCGGAGGCGUGGCCGCGGCUAUUCCCAACCUGGAACCGUUCAUCAGCUUGGUGGGCGCCGUGUUCUUCUCACUGCUAGGCAUCUUUGUUCCCAGCUUCGUUGAGACCGUUUACCUUUAUCCCGAUCGUCUGGGUUGGUGCAAUUGGAAGAUGGUAAAGAAUAUUAUUUUGGGCAUUCUGUCCAUCCUAGCUUUGAUUGCUGGUGCCGUGGCCAGCAUUGGGGAGAUCAUUGAGAUGUACAGCGGCGAUGACUAAUGGGAUCUCUAAAGUUCCCAUCCCACCCAUCGUACAUGGACGAUGGACGAUGGACGAUGGUAGUAUUAAAUACGAUGCAGGUACCCCUACAGAUGGAAUCGAAAACUGAGACAGAGAGAUGAGAGUUUGAGUUCAAAGCGCAGUCAUCUAGCUCCGCCCCGCGGCGACAAGGCGGUGUCGGAGCCAAUGCCGAUGCCGCUGACUGCAUGAAUAAGAUGAUAUUAAUGUUUAAGUCUUUAUGUGUGUGCAUGUAUAAGUGCCUCGUGACACCAAAACUGCUAAACUGCAAUUCAUAGAAUUUAUAAAUGUUAUUAUGUUAAGUCUAUAAAGAGAAUGCUUCUGAAAAUGAGA